AGCUGAGUUGCCAACCGCAAAAAACAUCAUAGAAGAAGAAGUGCAGAGUUGACAGCUCAGCUAACAGUGGCUACUGCUGCACAUUUCAACAUCUGUACGUGAAUUAAAACUAUCUGUCCUUCAGCAUGUCGGCCAGAAACCCUGGGAUGAAUCUCGACCUGGAGUGGGUGUCCAAAGUGAGAGUGAACACACAGGCUGUCCUGAAGAGAGCUCAACAAAUCCAAGGACAGAAACUCCCCAAGAAGCAGUGGCAGGCCGCCUGGCUGCUGAAGGCUGUCACAUGUAUCGACCUGACGACUCUUGCUGGAGAUGACACACCGUCCAACGUCCACCGGCUGUGUCUGAAGGCCAUCCAGCCGGUCCGACACGACCUGCUGAAGGAGAUGGACAUGCACGACAAAGGAGUGACGACAGGAGCCGUGUGUGUGUAUCCGUCUCGUGUGGCUGAUGCUGUCAAAACACUAAAAGCAGCAAACUCCAGCCUUCCUGUUGCUUCAGUGGCCACUGGUUUCCCAGCAGGACAGACGCCGCUGGAGACCCGGCUGCAGGAAGUGCGCUUGGCCGUGGCUGACGGUGCCACAGAGAUCGACAUCGUCAUCAACAGGAUGCUCGCCCUCACAGGACAGUGGGAAGCCAUGUACGAUGAGAUCCGUCAGUUUCGGGAGGCCUGUGGUGACGCCCACAUGAAGACCAUCCUGGCUAUCGGAGAGCUGGGCACCUUCACCAAUGUCUACAAAGCCAGCCUGGUGUCCAUGAUGGCUGGUUCGGACUUCAUCAAGACGUCCACAGGAAAGGAGUCCGUCAAUGCCACUUACCCUGUCGCCAUAGUGAUGGUGAGGGCCAUCCGUGACUACUUCCUGUGUACGGGCCACAAGGUGGGCUUUAAGCCGGCGGGGGGGAUCCGCACGGCUCAGGAGUCUCUGGUGUGGCUCACUCUGAUCAAAGAGGAGCUGGGCAACGACUGGCUCUGUCCGCUGCUGUUCCGCCUGGGAGCCAGCAGCCUGUUGGCGGACAUCGAGAGGCAGAUCUACCAUCACGUGACGGGACAAUAUGCAGCCUAUCAUGAGCUGCCCAUGGCUUGAAGUUGAAGACUUCCUGUUUUAUUGACCAAUUAGAACCUCAGACUCGCCACGCAAGCCUAUCACUGCUUAUCUGUGCAGCCUUCACCUAUCCUAUCAUCACACACACGUUCAGUACUGUGCCUGAAGACUGGGACCAAAGUCUGGGACUCAGAACUUUUUUAUUGCUCUGUAUGAAGUAAUACAGACUUGUGAAUAAACUUUCUCACAGUAUUUUGAAACAGACAUAAUAAACCUUAUAUUAUUAACAGAA